AUGGAGAUGGAUCAGGGAAAGCUCUUUAUUGGUGGUAUUUCUUGGGACACAAAUGAGGAUCGCCUCAAAGAAUAUUUCGGGGCAUAUGGUGAAGUAGUUGAAGCAGUGAUCAUGCGGGACCGGACCACUGGCCGUGCUCGUGGCUUUGGCUUUGUUGUCUUUGCCAAUCCUACUGAUGCAGAGCGAGUGGUCAAGGAGAAGCACAUGAUCGACGGUAGAACUGUGGAAGCAAAGAAGGCUGUCCCUAGGGAUGACCACCACCUGAUCAACAGAAACAGCGGCAGCACUCAAGGAUCUCCAGGGCCCGGCCGGACCAAAAAGAUAUUUGUGGGUGGACUAGCGUCCACGGUGACUGAGGCUGACUUCAAGGGCUACUUUGACCAGUUUGGUAUCAUAACAGACGUCGUGGUCAUGUAUGACCACAACACCCAGCGUCCGAGAGGGUUCGGUUUCAUCACUUAUGACUCGGAGGAUGCUGUUGACAACGUCCUCCACAAGACCUUCCAUGAGCUCAACGGGAAAACGGUCGAGGUGAAGCGUGCUGUCCCCAAGGAACUUUCCCCAGUCCCCACGCGGAGCCCGCUCACCGGCUAUAACUACGGCUUCGGCCGUGCAGGCGCCUUCCUCGGCAACUACUCUCAUGGAUACAAUAUGGGCUCGAUUGGGGGUUAUGGUGUUAGAAUGGACGGAAGGUAUAGUCCGUUGGCUAGUCGGACUAAUUUCUCACAUUUCAGUUCUCCCGUGAAUGUCGAGCAGGGCCUGGGCGGGAGCUUUGGGGGUGGGUCUGGAUUUAGCGGAAACCUAAGUUACAGCCGUGUCCUGAGCCCCUAUUACGGGAGCAACCAGGGAAGGUACAACACGCCCAUAGGGUACAAUACAAGUGGCAGCCGUGGGGACUCUUUUCUCAGCUCACCUUCCAGAAACGUGUGGGGAAAUGGUGGCAGUGGGAUUAAUAGUGGCUCGGGGAACAGUGUGGGGUCUGCAUCGUACUUUGGUUCAGUAAGCAGUGGGUUUGGAGUGUUUGGAAGUAAUGGGACCAAUUGGGGGACUUCCCCUAUUGCGCCCUCUGUAGGAGGCGGCUCGUCUGGGUACGGUGGGGGCAGUUUUGGGAACAGAGGGGGAGAGAACAGCUAUGGCCAGCUGGGAAUGGGAGGGUUCCAGAGGAAUACUGCGCCCGGUCGGGCGUCUUCAUUUGCUGGGUCGAGUGGGGUUUAUGAGGGGUCAUAUGGGGACUUUUACCGGAGUGGAUCUGUGUAUGGGGACACCACAUGGCAGAACACGUCUGCCGAGCUUGAUAAUUCUGGCUCGUUUCGUUAUGGUCUUGUCGGGGGCUCGGAGGAUGUUGGUGGGAAAGACUCUGACGAUUUUGUGGUGGGCUAUGAUAUUGCGAAUAGGCAAUCUAGUAGAGGUAAUCCUUUGAGCUGA